AUGGAAUUCCAAAACAAAGAGAACAUUGAUUCCGAUUUGCUCAAAGCACAAAGUCACAUAUGGAAUCAUAUUUUCAACUUCAUCAAUUCCAUGUCACUUAAAUGUGUUGUUGAUUUAGGUAUACCAGAUAUCAUACACAACUAUGGUCAACCCAUGUCACUUUCAAAACUCAUUUCUUCACUACCAAUUGAUCCUUCAAAACAACCUUAUAUCUAUCGCUUGAUGCGAAUCAUGACUCAUUCUGGCUUUUUCUCUCAACAAAAUGUUACCGAUAAUGAGUUAGAAAUAGAGUAUAUGCUAACGGAUGUAUCUUGA